GGUAGAGGUUGUUUUGGAAGGGAAAGAGAGGAGACAGGGUCCAAACGAGCCGAGACGGACCUGUAUAGGCACAGCCGCACAGGCACAGACGAGGCUGCGGGGAGAGAAAUGGACGACGAGCGGCGGAGGAGGACGAAGCGGGAGGAGGCGGACGGCGAGUGGCGGCGCUGGGCGGUGCUGGUGGCGUCGGUGUGGAUCCAGGCGCUGACGGGCACCAACUUCGACUUCUCGGCCUACUCGUCGGCGCUCAAGUCGGCGCUGGGCGUGUCGCAGGAGGCGCUCAACUACCUGGCGACGGCGUCGGACCUGGGCAAGGCGCUGGGCUGGUCCUCGGGGCUGGCGCUGCUGCACAUGCCGCUGCACGCCGUGCUGCUGGCGUCGGCCGCGCUGGGGCUCGCCGCCUACGCCGCGCAGUACUACUGCCUCGUGUUCGUCAGCCCGGCCGCCCUCGCCGCCGUCCCAUACCCUCUGGUGUUCCUGGUCUGCCUGGUGGCGGGGUGCAGCAUCUGCUGGUUCAACACGGUGUGCUUCGUCCUCUGCAUCCGCAGCUUCUCCACGAGCAACCGCUCCCUGGCCCUCUCCCUCUCGAUAAGCUUCAACGGUCUCAGCGCCGCCUUCUACGCGCUCUUCGCAAACGCCAUCUCACCCUUCACCCCAACCAUCUACCUCCUCCUCAACGCGGUCCUCCCUCUCGCCGUCUCCGUCCUCGCGCUCCCAGCGAUCCUCCUCUGCCACACAGGCGACAGCAACAACCACCUCCGCAGCGCGCCCAGGCCGCAGGACAGGCGCGUCUUCCUCGGCCUCUACAUCCUCGCGGUCAUCACCGGCGUGUAUCUCGUGAUCUUUGGGUCUUUCACCACGACCGGCCCCGCCGCGUGGGUCAUCCUCACGGGCGCCAUGGUCCUCCUCGCUCUCCCUCUCAUCAUCCCCGCCUGCUCCAGCUGCUCCUAUUUCGAUACACAACAUGGCACAGGCACCACUGACCCUGCAUCGCAACUGAACCAGCAUGAUGACCCAAACAAACCACUCCUUGUCAGUGACAGCCAUCAGAUCGAGCCUGAUGGCGUGACGCAGAAAGAACCGGAGCACCAGCUGCAGGGCGGUUGUUGUGGAACCAUACUGUACAAGGGCUGCCUGGCGGUUCUUGGUGAGGAGCAUAGCGCAAAGAAACUCAUCUGGAGUGUGGACUUCUGGCUCUACUACACAGCCUACUUCUGUGGAGCCACUGUUGGUCUCGUAUACAGCAACAACCUGGGCCAGAUCGCGCAGUCACUGCACCAGCAAUCGCAGCUCACCAUGUUACUCGCUGUGUACUCAUCCUGCUCCUUCUUCGGCCGACUUCUCUCUGCGCUCCCCAACUUGCCUCACAGGAUGGUAUCACUUGCUCGGACAGGGUGGCUCGCUGCUGCAUUGGUGCCCAUGCCAAUGGCAUUCUUCCUGAUGUGGAAACAACAGGACGUAGGCGCUCUGGUAGCAGGAACAGCGAUGGUUGGCCUGAGCUCAGGAUUCAUCUUCGCCGCAGCAGUGUCAGUGACAUCCGAGCUCUUUGGACCAAACAGCAUCGGUGUGAACCACAACAUCCUGAUCACCAACAUCCCGCUGGGGUCACUCCUCUAUGGGCAGAUCGCCGCCAUGGUGUACGACGCGAAUGGACAAAGGAUGACACUGAUGGAUAAUCGCACUGGCAUCAUUGACACCAUGAUUGUGUGCAUGGGGGUGAAGUGCUACUCGACCACCUUCCUCGUGUGGGGUUGCAUCACAUUGCUGGGGUUAGUGUCGAGCGUAGUUCUGUUCAUAAGAACAAAACCGGCUUAUGCUGCUGCUGGUCGGUCGAGUUGUAAGCACCUUCACCAAGUUUCCAGUUAACGGGGGGAACUUCUUGGUCAUACCCUUAUUGCCUUACUUUUGACAUCAGUUAGCUUGUACAAAAUUCAGUUUAGUUCUAGCUGAAAUGUGUUAGAUACAAAACAUGAAACGAAUAGCAUCACAAGGAAGAGACACCAAGAGGAUAGGAAAUUGUCAGCUUAGUACUAGCUGGCAUGCGAAGUACAGAACGGGUAUUCCAUUUACUGGACAUUAAUAACAAGCUGCCCCAAUGUUGCAUUAAAGC